AGAAGAAGAAGAAGAAGAAGAAGAAGAAGAAGACUACCACAGUUUAUUUUCGUCUUGGUUUGUUUUCGUCGUUAGGUGGAAGAUGUCCGCUACAGAUGAUGACACCGAGCUGAGGGAUCUUCUCAUCCAGAACUUGGAAAACAACGGAGUUCUAAACAAACUCAAGGCAGAAAUGAGGGCUGCCGUUUUUCUGGCCUUGGAGGACCAGGACCGACUGGAGAACAAGACGCCGCUGGUCAACGAGAACCUGAAGAAAUGUCUCAACACCAAAGACGGUCGUCUAGUGGCCAGUCUCAUUGUGGACUUCAUGCGUGCGUUUCAUUUGGACUUCAGUCUGGCUGUGUUCCAGCCAGAGAUCAACACUCACCUGAGCAGUCUGGACAGUCGGCAGGUGCUGUGCGGUGAGCUCGGCCUUUCAGAGGCGGAGCUUAACACAAACUCGCCCGUGCUGUUGGAGCUCGUUCAAAGAGGACAACGCAAGGCCACGUCCAUCAUGGCCGCUGAGGUGGCGUCGGAGGAGAACCGAGUCACCGUGGACAAGGACUCUGCGGCGCCCAUAUUGUCUGGCGGCGAGGAGCUCGACCAGCAGGCGUGCGUUCCUGAUAACGAUUCGGGUCUGAAAAUGCACGUCGGCCUGGAACAGCAGGACGAGGAUGAUUCCUUUUUUGAUGACCCACUACCUCAGCCGCAAAAGACGUAUGGAUUGCACGUGGUGGCUCACGAUAGCAGACAGAGUCCCGCAGGCUCGCUGUCGGAGGCGGUGCCGACGCCAGGAGGAGGAGGAAGCGCAUCAGAAAGGAGCCAAAGUCAAACAGCAUCAAUGUCCAGAGAGAAAGCAUUCCGAGAGGCCAAGCUCCCCAGCAGAGCGGACCAUAGCGCGUCGGUCCAUUUAGAGGACGACAACGACAUAGAGUACGACGACGACUUCAACAGCCACCGCUCCGACUUGUACAAGAGCGACCUGAGCAUCAGCGAGGACAUCGAGGAGGUAUCCAUCGAGGGACCCGACCACAGCGACAAGCUGGAGGAAACUGUGGACGUGAGUGUCUCCCAACCGAGCCUCAGUGUCGGCGUGGACUACAUGGAGGAAGUGGCCUGACGUUGCUGCUGUACGCCACUUCUUGUUCUUCCUGUGUGUACUUUUAAUUGAACGGACCACUUCUUGUUAAAGGUGGACAUCUGCUGACAGGACGUGCCUUACCCGCAUUCCAUCCACCUGCUCCUUAUCAGGGGUAACCAUGACGGCCGUCUUUCAACACGCCACUCUACCCCUGUGCGUGCGUGUCACGGCGACUUGGAGUGUAAGAAUGUCAUCUGACCUCAUUCUAGUACUGGGUGUGUGUGCGCGCGCCUGUGUGUGUGUGUGUGCGCGCGCCUGUGUGUGUGUGUGUGAAGGUAGGUCAAAGAUCAAUAUGCAGUCAAGUGGCACAGGGGGCGGGACAUCCUAAGGGACUGUCAUCCAAUCAGAGAAGGAGGAAGUAGUCAGUUGUUUUUUGUUUUGUUCUUUCAAACUUAAACUUUUUUGUUUUUUGUUUUCUUUUUGUUUUCAAGUGAAACCAAAAUGACGGUUGCAAUUUUGUGUCCUAUGUAUUGUUUACCUGUGGACCUGGAGUCUGUAAAUAAAAUGAUUGAUUGUGA